AUGUCAGCCGUAUACAGCACCGCGCCAUACCGUACCAUCGGCGCAGGCUCCAAGCACGGCCGUGAGGCGAUCGGAGUGCUUCUGGGUCAAAUCGACUUUCGCGGGCUUCUCAUCGUGCUUCUCUCAGAAGGUCGCCGCAAACACAUUCUUCUGCUCUUCCAACUCAGCUCGUUUCAGCUUGGAAUUACAAGGUACACGCUGCACAAAGUCAUGGCGGUGGGUAAUGCGUUGGCACAGACCCAAUCUUACCUGAUUCCACUAGCGGCUUUCCGUUGGAGUAAUUAA